AUGGCAUCACCAAUCAAUCAGUUGUUGACAUUGACAUUGUUGAUAUCCUGCAUGGCAGUGAUGAUGUGCCAUGGCUACAUCCCAUCAUUGACACCCCAUGUGUAUACAGAGGGCCAAGAGAUUCCAAUGUUUAUAAACAAGUUAACAUCGAUUGAAUCACCAGCUCCAUAUCUCUUCAACUCAUUGCCAGUGUGCAAACCAAACACACAACCAAGGAAUGACAACUCAUCAUACAAACAACCACCACCACGUAACAUUGGACAAGAGUUGCUUGGCGAAGAGAUGCAGAGAACACUAUACAAGUUCAACUUCCUCAAGAAUGUAUGGUGUGCCGUAUUGAAUGCAAUGCCUGAUGCCCAAUGCAGCAAGGACAACAGGCUGGACCAAUCUCAGCUCGACCAAUUCAUUCACCUCAUUCGCAAUAGUUACCAUGCCAACAUGAUCCUUGACAGCCUUCCAGUUCGUCCACUUUCAAACCCUCAUUACCUUGGUACGAGGCUUGGAAACAACUAUGAUGACCAGGACUACCUUUAUAAUCACUUUGACUUCACUGUGACGUAUCGACCUACUAAUACUAGGAUGGAGAAUGAUACUUAUGAGAUUGUCGGCUUUGAAGUCAACCCUGUAUCAAAGGCAUAUCAAUCCCAAGAGUACAAUCCGAACACUCCAAACAUAUGUCCGUUUGGUGAUCGCGCCGGUCUGCCAAUAUCAAACAGGACACUGGUUGGUGACAACCCAUUCGUAUUAUGGACGUACAGUGUCAGGUAUCAACUGAACGAGAGCAUGUCUUGGAGUGAUCGAUGGAAGGCCCCAGAGGACAGGCUAGAGGAUAUCCUCAGCUUGAUUACUGCGUUGUCCACUGGUGCAUGGUUGGGCUUGGCCAUUGGCGGAAGCAUCAACAUGUGGAGACUAUGGCGCAGAUUCAACGCAGUUGUGGAGACAGAGGAAUCUACACGAUGGAAGUUGAUCCGAGGUGAUGUCUUCAGAGCACCACCACUUCAAUAUCAGAUGAUACUACCAAUCCUCAUCGGCUGUGGCAUUCAAGUAAUGUGUGUCGUACUCCUAUCACUAUUCCUUGGAGCCAUUGGAUUCUUCUCCCCCGUCAACUAUGGUUAUAUACCAAUGGCUAUCAUUGCUCUGUUCACUGUCACAUCUAUGUUCUCUGGUUAUUUCUCAACAAGGAACUACAUGUUGUUCAAAGGAAGAGACAUCAAGAAGAAUGCAUUGUUGGCGGCACUAUGCCCUCAAGGAGUGAUAUUCAUCAUAUUUGUUAUCUCUGAUAUAUGUCUAAAGAGUCUCGAUUCAUCGGCUGCAAUCUCGACUGGCUCAAUGUUCACUUUGAUUGGACUUUGGCUCGGUAUGUCUGUGCCCCUUUCAUUCUGUGGCAGUUAUUACGCAUCAAAGAUGCCAGUGUUUGUUGACACCGAGACCAAUCAAUUCCCACGAGAGAUACCAAGUGGAACACCAUGGUACUAUAACCGUUGGUUCACAACAUUGACCAUGGCAACAACACCUGUAUCAAUGAUCGCAAGCACCUACAAUGGAAUUUUAAAGACCAGCUGGUCAGCACUGCAUAUCAACAACAACGCCAACUACACCAUGGCAAUGUUUACGAUGUUAUGUAUAUUGUCUGUAGUGGGCUUGUCCACGUCCCACUUCAUCGCGCUAGGACUCUUAAGAUACGAGAAUUACCAUUGGUGGUGGCGAUCAUUCGAGACGAUGGGCUUCUCUGGCUUCUACCUAUUCAUCAUCACAUUGUUCCUAGUCUGCAAUUGGGGAGGUGCCAGCAGUGCCAGUGCCAUCUUCAUCUACUCAUGCUACUCGCUCAUGUUCUCACUCUGUCUAAGUGUGAUGGCUGGAUCCGUUGCCUAUUACUUCAGUCUGCACUUUGUUCGAAGGAUCUACUCUACCAUUCAUAUCAACUAA